CUCAGGCCAGAUAUGAACGACGCUUGGUUAAAACAUAAUAGCUUUCACACACUCACAGGAUCACAGAGAGAGAUGGGGAGAGAGAUAAAGAGAUAAAGACAGAGAUAAAGAGAGACAAAGUUAAUGGCAGUGUUGUCUUUGCUAAACGGUGGCUACAGAAUACAGUUCGAACUAAAAUUCAUUGUUUGGGGCUGUUCCUGUUGUGUUUGAUAGGAGCAGGGGGUCAAGGAUGAUUUCUGCACGGGAGGUCAAACAACAGCGCUUAAAUGUGGAUAUUGGCUAAGUGCCCAUUGUACAUUGGCUCUUUUAAAACACAUCAGUGAUUAUCAGUGUGCAAACAGUCACAAGGUAUACAUAUGUACAACCUCUCGGUGCCGGAAAGCCAACGCCAAAGUGUCCUGACUGGCUGGCUGCGCUGGAUAGGGGAGUGACGGUGACCAUGGCGUCCAAAGUCCUGUUGCUGGCCUUUCUUCUGGUCUGUGUGGGCGUGUGUCAUGGCAAAGGCGAUGCGAACAGUAAUGAGGAUGUUUCGGGAAAUAUCUGUGUCGGAAAUUUCGAGCUGUUGUGCUCGACUCCAGAGUACGACGUGAGGCGGUACAAAAGCGCCCUCUGGGUGUCCACCACCAUGUCAGAUCUGUCCCUCUCCCAGGCCAGCGGCAGGGGACGGAAACGCUUACACGACUACUUCGGAGGGGAAAAUGACAAACGGCUGAAAAUGUCGUACACCUCACCCUUCGUGACACAGACCCGCAUACCUUCGGAGAGUCCUCUUAGGGAAAUCACAGUGUCCAUGCCUCUUCCUUGCAACGUGGCAAAGAACCCUCCAAAGCCAACAGAUCCCAGGGUGGUGCUUGAUCUUGUCCAUGAGAUCAUCAUGUACGUUAAGAAGUUCCGAGCACGUUCUUCAACGGUUGGCUUUGUCGCUGACUUGGAGGCCAAAAACUUCUUCAAGACAUUGAAGGAUAAUGAUGAGCCAUUCCAUGAAAAUGACGGCUAUUACUACGUCGCGCAGCAUGACAGUGGCCACGGCCGCCAAAGCGUCACCGAGAUUGCGGUUUGCGCCAUAAACGAGAGAACCUACAAGUGGCUGGAGUUCAACGACCUCACUGCAGAAGGACAGGGACUCCCGAAGUGUCUCCGUGGUGAAGGGAAGGCCAUAGUCUGGGAGAAGAUAGACCAGGGCGACAUCCCCCUGUUAACUCGGGAGCAGUGUUCUACAACGUACUGUGAAGCGCCCAAGAAGUGUCCAAAGGUUGAGACAAUGGAAGUGAAGGGUAUUGACGACAAGAGCAUACAACUGAAGAAAAAGGAAAUCAAGGCGUUGUCAUACAUACCGCCCACCUGCUACUACGACACCGCCAUUCACGCGUCUGCCAGUCCGCUGUUGCAGUCUCUAAACACAUCAGAUUUCUCCCCCUCUGACGUUGCUAUGACGAUCACAGUUGUCAUGGAGAAGAGGGGGGAGUUAGAUGGGAAGGAAGGCUGCCAGAAAGUCUUCAAGGUGUUGUAUGCUGCAGGUGGUGGGAAAGGGAGCGUAGAGGAAAUACAGAUGAAUAAGGAGGCUGGCUUCCAGACGCCGAAGACAGUAGAAGCCGUGCACCAGGGACAGACGACUGGUACAGGACACUACUCCAAGUGUUUUGGCGGCAAUGCCUACUACGAGCCGACCACCAUAACUUCCACAGCCAAGAUACUGAUGGAACGACUCAGGGACAAGAAGAAGUGUUUCCUGGGUGAUCACGUCAGCGUGGUAGAAUAUCACCCACAGUCCAGGCUGUUCGACCGCCACAACGAGAUCAACAUUGACGUUGACCUGGACUGUAGUGACCAGGAGGGCCGCCCACCCUUCACCUUCCACCUCCCCGUGAGUAAAGACUACAGCCGGGCUGAGGUGAAGCCAUCGUUGGACGACCAAUGUGUCACUCACGUGUGCCCAAACAUGACCACCAUCAUGAGGCUUGAGAACAACCUGAAGCUGAUUGAGUAUGGACCAGAAAACUGGGUCUACUCUGAGAUGCCUUCAAAGGACUGCUACAGCGCUGAUGCUUUCUUCAAGGCCCUAAGUUCGCUGUUGUCAUACUUGAAUGGGGAGAAUGAGGAUGGGGUGAAUAUUGACAUGAACAGACCACUGUAUGCCGGUGGCUUUGUUGAUGCGGGCGAGAAAAAAUGUUAUUUGGUCACAUUGUUGCCAGAGAAGUUUUCCGAUAACCCACCAAGGCCCAUCAACGAUAAGAUUACCUUCGACCGUGUUGAGGAAGGCAAAAGCAGGUAUUUCCAGGUCAUGUACAAAGGUAAGUACGGGGAAGCAGUGAUGAGACAACGCUUCAGGGAACUGAUGAAGGAAUUGGACAACCUCAAGCCGUUCGGAGUUCAAGCCGAUUUAAACGACAUAUGGCUUGGUUUCUAUGAUGACCCAACCGUAGAGGAAAGGCUUUGGGACUUUGUCAUAGGGCAAAAAAAGGAAGGCAGCAAGGACGAGACUUCUACAAAAGCUGACAACAAAGAAGAUGUGAAGGAAGACCCAUCACAUGAGAAAACGUCUCUUCCAAAACCAGCUGCCUGCAGCGAAUAUGUCUGUCGGACUGUCUAUGUCACCAAGAACCACAGCAACUUCAUGGAGCUGCUAAUUCCAAGUCAUAGAAGCGUGUGUCACCAGACCAAGCUCUGUGGAGGUCUUCAGGUAUCCGGCAGACAGCUCAUGAGGCCGCUUCUAGGGUAUCUCAAUGGUGACAACAGCGCCAACCAGAAGAUCAACAACUUUGCUGGCCCAUUCUUUAGGACCAGACUCUACUCCGCUGAAGAGGAGGAGAAGGGCAUCCCUCCGUGUGAACGUGAGUACCAGGCCUGUGUCACACUGCCUGAUGACUACAAGGAAAUACCAAAACCAAAUGGGAAAGGGCUUGGCAUAUUUUCUGCCCCUAACGACUUCCGCGGAUACGGCAUCGCCGUGAAGGGUUAUGUCUCUGAGCCUGUCGCUUCAGAAGCAAUUUCGACUUUGAUGCAGACACUUGACGAGGAAAACGUCCCAUAUGAUAACUUAAAGACUUGGGUGGCGUCUUUCUCAUACUAUCAGUCCUUCACCAACCCGGAGGAGAAGAUAACCUACUUCAUCGUCAACGAGAGGGGCGAGGAUAUAGUAGAAGAAUCUACAGAAGGCGACUCAAACGAAACGGAGAACUAGAAGAUAUAGACCGGCAACGGAAAGCGAA